UACCUAGAACCACACCUAUUUUGGCGUAUAGCAUCUAAAGGGCUAUUCCUUUACCGUUAUGGCACCGUUUAAACUCAAGUUUCGCAUGGGCAGCUCGCGUAGUACGAGCACAUCGCAAGAGCAUGAUCCGGAUCCGACUGUGAAUGAGGCACUUUUGGGCACCCAACAGCAACAACAACAGGAACAGGAGCAACAGCAACAACAGCAACAGGCAGUUGGUGCCAGCAGCUCGACAAUUGAUUCAGUUGAUUGCAACAGUCUCGGUUCGAUGAGCGAACGGAAGUUGUUGCUUCCCCCGAAUCCAACUAAGACAGGCAACAACACCAACAGUUUGCGUAUGGGGUAUGUUAAUCCGAGUCGCACUCCGUGCAUCAACGAAGCUCCUUCCGUGGAUAGCAACAACUUGCCGACAACCCCGCCGCCCACUUAUGAGUACGUGCUAGAAGAGAAUACACGAUUCUCGCAGCAUCAGCAGCAUCAGCAGCGACAGCUGUCGUCGGAGCAGAGUGCCACGCCCAAUCAGAACAGUCGUCGCAGCUCGGCGAACAGCUCGCGGCAGAGCGCUGCUCAUCUGAGCGCCGCUUUGGAGCAGAUGACCCUCAAUGACGGGAGGAACAGCAACAGCAACAGCAACGAUAGCGACAACGACAGUGACAUCGGCAUUGACAUCGAUAUCGACAUCGAUAGCAACGAUAUUUGCAACGAUCCCGAUUGCCAGCAGAAUUACAACAACAGCAACUGUGGCAAUCGACAACGGCGCAACAACAAUAACAACAACAACAACCAAAAUAGCAACAACAACAAUCACGACAACAACGAGAACGCCGGCGAUCAAGUGGAGGAGCAAGUGGAACAGGCGCAGAGAAGCCACAACAACAUCGACGGCAUCCACAUCACAUCCGAGCUGGAGCCGCACAGCGAUCACGAGGAGAGCACGCUGAGCGUCAACGAGUUUCUCCUGGAAACCGAAAUGGCCUCCGCCCGUGACAAGGAUUAUGCCACCUGCAGCGAUGGCAAUGACGGCCAACAACCGUGCACCGAUGAGCAGUGCACCCAGUGCACCGAGCAGGCGGCCAACAUUGGAAAUGAGUCCGAAGAGGAUGGCGAGGAACCCUCCACCAGCAAUGCAGCUCAUCACAAUUUCUACGAUCCUCUCCUGAAUCGAUAUGGCAAUGAAUCUGGCUGCUCCAAUGGCUCGGGAACGGACUGCAACGAGGCAUGUUGUGCAUCGGGUUCGUUAUCUGGUUCGGUUGCCUCACGAUCACGUCGCGGACGCCGCCAACAGUUGCAGCAGCAACAACAGCAACAGCAGCAGGAACAGAACUGCCUUUUGACACCCGAGAUGAUGAGCAACAAGACAUCCAAGGAGAUUUACAAGGAUCUGGCCAAACAGUGGGGCAUCACAUGCAAAAUGUCCGAAAGCUGCCGCUGCAUGGACUGUCAGAGUCAUUAUUUCCAUUGCGACUAUGAUGAUAACGAGCAUCAGAAAACGGAUGGCGGAUUAGGAGCUGGCACACCAAUGUUUAUCAGCGAAGUAAUGCAUGGAUCUGGCUGCCAGAUAUUGUAAAAAAUUUUGGAACUGUUGUUGACAACUACCUUUUUUUGUCUUGGAGUAUGAAAAGAUUGCUGAACAAUUGUUAUAUGCAAAAUGCAAAUGAUUUCUAGAAAAGCCAAAUGAAAUGCUACCUAGGAAUAAGUGAAUCUAAAUAAUUGGCUUUCGAUUAACAUAGUCGUAUUUUGACGUUAUUUGCACAAAUUGUUUGCACGAAAAACAAAGUAGAAAUAAUGUUUGCACUGCGUAUUAUAAGCUGGUAUAUUUGAUGACACUGUGGAAACAUUUCAAGCGAAUUAGAAUAUAUAACAAAUUGCAUUAAAUAGCCGCUAAAAAUGGGCUUUAAAAAACGGAACAAAACGAAUGGAAUGAAACGAAACGUAAAAGUGAGAAUCUUUAGGAGUGCAAAGCUAACUAGAAAUCACGCUUUCGUAUAUCGUGUUAACGUAUGAGUCACAUUUUUAAGCAUUUUUGCAUCGGAUCUCGAGCCAAUUGCAUUUUUCCAACAACAUUUUUGAAAAAAAAUCAAAACAAAAUUGAGAUAAACCCACCUUGCAGAUGAAAGUUUGAAAUAUCCUUGAAUGUGUUCCAUUUUUAGGGCUGAAUCUCAUAAAAAAAUUCGAAUUGAUUUGAUUUGUAGUUGAUUAUAAAAAACUAUCAUCAAUUUCCCCUAACUCUAACUAAAUGUAAGCUUCAUUUGAAAUGCGAGCUUGUCAUGAAAAGCUUGCAUAAAAUUCAACAAAUUGUCAAAUUAUUAUGAAAUAUCGAAAAUGAAAUUUGUAUGUAUUUUUCUAUAAGAAGACGAAGUGAAGAAAUUAUAAGGAUAUAUCUGGCCAAGUUGGGAAUAUAAGUAAAUGAAAGAGAAACACGUACUAUCUAGAGAACUUUAACCGUAGUUUAAGCAAUUUGACAAUGAGGACAGUGAGCACUUUUGUGCUGGAAAAUGGAACAAAAUACUAGAAUGUAUGAGAAAAGUCUAGGCCCAUAAUUAUGGCGAUACAAAGUUAACUUAUAUUAUGAAAAUUGCUGAUAUUUUUAGAAGAAACGAAACAGAACCGAAAGUACUCGUAACUAGUCUGAUUUUCGAUUAUUUUUUCUUUUUUAUAUAAAUGAUCUUACAGAUAUUUUGUACUUCAACCAUGAUUUGAUUUUUCUGUUAAAAGCAGCGAGGCAUUUAGAACCUAAUCCUAAGCAUGACCCUAACUAUAUAUUAUAUGUAUGUUCCAUACUGUCUAAACAAGCGGGUUUCAUUCGCAACUCAGAACUAUAACUGGACUAGUACUCGCGCAGUUAUCGAAUAUAUCGAAUAUGUGUUUGUUUAUAUAGUAAUCGUAAAUGUAAAAGAGUAAAACCGACUAAGUCUGUUAGCCGUUAGUUGAUAUUGAUAUUGAUUAGUAAAUAUUUUGCUUAUGUAUCAAUCGAACUAGACGAAAUUAUAAAUUCAAACAUUAUACAUGCAUACAUUAUAAUAAAAGAUAUAUACAUCAAAGAUAAACGAUUAACGAUAUGUUACCGCACGACAUGGAUUUUAUGAGUUUUGUGAAUGGAAAUGAAACCAAAUAAAUGUAACAUGCAAAUUAUAAA